CCACGUGAUAGAAGCAUGGGAUUGUGGGAUUGGUGUCAACAUUGAUCAUUGAUUCUUCCUCGUUGAAGGUUUGUGGUCAGCCAUUUUGGAAGCGAUGUCUACGUUUCCCAGAGCUUCCGAUAACGAUGCCUGGGCUCUGUUAGCCCUCAGAUCAGCACCGACAAGCCCAAAAAAAUCUUUAUGGAGCCCGGAACCAAAAGGGACGGCCAUUGCCCGCUUGGAAGGGAGAGAGUUCGAAUAUAUGAUACGCCAAAAUCGCAUCACUAUUGGACGUAAUAGCAGUCGGGGUGAAGUGGACGUUAAUAUGGGCCAUUCUAGUUUUAUAUCGAGAAAGCAUUUGGAGAUAUACUUUGAGACACCUCAUUUUUAUAUGAUAUGUAAUGGCAAGAACGGUGUUUUUGUUGACGGAGUUUUUCAAAGGAAAGGUGCACCACCUCUUCAAUUACAAAAGACUUGUAUGUUCCGAUUUCCAAGUACUAAUAUAAAAAUAAUGUUCCAAUCUUUGGUUGACGAGACCAAUUCACCAGUCCAUCCUCACCUCCCUGAAUCCCCAAGGCACAAAUCUAUGGCACCAUUAAAAAUCAACAUACCAGAACUAGAAUCAAAUUUCAUUAGUCCCGUUCCUUCACCGACCGGCACUAUCAGGUAUUGCUUUUAUUAUAUUUUUUCAUAUAUUAAUACAAUGUAUAAUAUAGUAAUAAAUUCAAUUCGACACAAUCUGUCCUUGAAUAGAUAUUUUGUCAAAGUACCACGAUCUCAAGAAGAACCAGGUAAAGGUUCAUUUUGGAGAAUAGAUCCGACAUCAGAAACUAAAUUAGUUGAGCAGGCUUUUCGUCGACGGCGGCAGCGAGGUGUCCCGUGUUUUCGUACUCCUUAUGGAAAUUUAUCCUCCAGGUCUGCUCCUGCAUCACCAAGUCACAGUGGCCCAAGCGGACUCGUCACACCUGAUUCCCUUUCGAGAGAACCGAGUCCUGUACCCGAAAAUUUGGUUGAUGCGAAUACACUGGAAAAUCCUUUUACUACUGCUGCUUCAGCCAUGUUACCUCCACCAGGCUCUUACUUAUCUGUUUCGUCUAAUGAAAUAAAAGCUAGUCUUUCGGCUCCUGGUUCCCCAAGACAUGCUAAUGUUACCAAUACAAGUUCAAUGCUACAACCUUUAGGUAACAGUUCUCAUGUCAUGGCAUUUUCUGGUGCCAAGCAGAAAGUAUUGAUCACAUCACAGCCGGUUUCAAUGACAACAAAUGGAGUGUUGAAUAAAGUGUCACAUCAGGAUGAAAAACAGGAACAAGAAGAAGUAUAUAACCAGCUAUCUACAACUUCCAAACCAGAUGUUCAUUAUUCACAAAAAAUUUCUUCAGGUACUGUAGAUAGGUCUAUAGUUCAACCAACUGUUAUAGUCCAAGCUCCACCAUCGUCUCUUCCCUCUUAUUCAUCCGUUAGUUCUGUAAUAUCACCAUCCAACACCUACAGUAAUACUCUAUCUUCGUCGGUCAUCAGCCAGUCAAAUACCUUUACCAUGCCCCAACUUCAGAUAAUUACCGGAGAAAUGGAUAAUUUGAAUUCGCCAUCUUCUAAUGUAAGUCUGGCAACAAAACGGCCGUUUUCAAGCACAGUUGACGGCAACAACCAGGAGGGAGAAAUAAGUUCAAGCAGGGAGGAACCUGAAAAACGGGUCAAAGAAGACAGUGCCGUAUCUUGUAGCAGUGACAGUUCAUAAGAGAAAAACCUCACUUAGAAAAAAAUAAACAAACAUUCAUCAUUAAGAGACAGUCAAUGUGUAAGUGUUGAACUGUGCAUGCCACAGACUCUAUUUGCUCCUGCUCACUCUCGCCAUUCAUUAGAAGAGGGUUUCACAGUGAAAUACAGUUCCCGCUAAGAAUGAGUAGGUGCUAGUGGCUAGAAUCGUGUUCGUCAUCCUAGCUUCUAGAAGUUUUUUCCUCCUUUAUCGAAAAUAAAAGUAAAAAAAGUCUUAAAAUUUCAAUAAACUUCUAUAGAGUUUUGCAUAUCUUAAUGGCUAGCUACUAAAAUUGACGAAUAAACAUUAUUAAAGAAAGAAAAUGCAAAAAAGACUUAAUGUUUUCAAACUGUUUCGAAAUCUUCAUUGUGUCUGUGUCAAGGAUGUCGAAGGGAUUCGAAAGCUCGUAUACUUGCCAUUGUGAAAAUCAAAACAAUGAUAUUACAAUGGUGUAAUGAGUCUUGAAUGUAUAGCAAUUAUUCAUGUGGCCAAUUUUCAUUAUGUGAAACAAAUACAGACUGUUGUCAUCAAUGUGACAAUGUUUUGAUUGUUCCACUGUACACAAGUGUCUUGCCAUUAUUGCUUGAUCCUUCCUUCCAAUAAAUCCUAUGCUCUAAGGAA